UCUUUUCGUGUUGAAAUGAUUGUUCUCUACUUCUAACUUGCCCCACCUUAUUCUCUCCUCUUUCCGGCCAAAUUUCCGGUAAAAAUUUCAGAGGCUCAUAGAAGUCAUGGCUGACAUGGAGAGAAAUUCUUGCCGCACGCAGAUUGUUGCCGGCAACGGCGACUUCAAUUCGCCCGGGUUGCGAGAUUUCAACAAUUCCGUCAAGGUCAGCGUGUGUGGCCUCUUGUAUGCAGUUGUUGCAAUUAUGGGCCCACAUAGUAGCGGGAAAAGCACAUUGUUGAAUAAUCUAUUUUUUACGAACUUCAGGGAGAUGGAUGCUUUCAGGGGAAGGAGCCAGACAACAAAGGGCAUAUGGAUAGCCAAGGCCGUUGGCAUUGAGCCAUUCACAGUUGUCAUGGACUCGAAGGGUACAGAUGGUUGUGAAAGGGGCGAGGACGGAGGGUUUGGACAGGAAAAGCCCGCUGUGAGGUAACGAAAGCAUGGUUCCAUUAAUUGUGAUAUAUGCCUAAAUUGGUUGUUUUCUAAUAAAGUGAGAAAUUGUUUGUUUGUCUGACUUUUUUUUUUUUUUUGGUUGGG